GGCUCUUUACGCGUCAUGUAUUUCCGUGGUGUCAGGACAUGGUGCCAGCUCACCGGACACAGGCCUGGCUCUGCGUGCCGUUCAUCCCCGUUAAGGGGAAGAGGAUUUGGUCCUGCUGAGCCCUCGGUGGGGUCCUGCGUAGGCGCUAGGCUCACCCAAGCGGGAGUCCAUGCCUGUGAACAUAGCACUGCUGCUCUCUCUGCUACAGCGUUCUCUUCUUCCUCCUCCUCGUUUUCUCUUUCUUCUGCACCUGCCUUUUCUUCUUCUGCUGCUGCGGCGGCUACUGCUGGUGUGCUUUGUGGGACCAGAGGCUCUUCCCCUCCCACCCUGGGGUUCCUCUGGAGGUCUGUGGCCGCCACCUGCCUCUUCAUCCCCAGGAGGAAGUUGAAGACCCCCCGGUGGACCUACCCAGCCGCACCACUUCCCAGCAUGCCUCAGACCAAGUCUCUAGACAUGGGCUCCGCCUUCAUCCAGACGCAGCAGCUUGGCGCUGCCAUGGCCGACACCUUCCUGGAGCACAUGUGCCUGCUGGACAUCGACUCUGAGCCCACCACCGCACGCAACACUGGCAUCAUCUGCACCAUAGGACCAGCCUCCCGCUCUGUGGACAUGCUCAAGGAGAUGAUCAAGUCUGGAAUGAACAUCGCUCGUAUGAACUUCUCCCAUGGCUCCCACGAGUACCACUGUCAGACCAUCAAGAAUGUGCGCGAAGCCUGCGAGAGCUUUGAGCCCGGCAGCAUCCACUACCGGCCCGUGGCCAUCGCCCUGGACACCAAGGGCCCCGAGAUCAGGACAGGACUCAUCAAGGGGAGCGGCGAAGCGGAGGUGGAGCUGAAGAAGGGUCACAUGAUCAAGCUGACCCUGGACGACGCCUACCAGGAGAACUGUGAUGACGAGACCCUGUGGCUGGACUACAAGAACAUCACCAACGUGGUGGAGCACGGCAGCAAGAUCUACAUCGACGACGGCCUCAUGUCCCUCCAGGUCAAAGAGAUCGGCUCUGACUUCCUCAUGUGUGAGAUUGAGAACGGCGGCACCCUGGGCAGCAAGAAGGGCGUCAACCUGCCGGGCGCGGCCGUGGACCUGCCGGCCGUCUCCGAGAAGGACAUCUCUGACCUGCAGUUUGGCGUGGAGCAGGGCGUGGACAUGGUGUUCGCCUCCUUCAUCCGCAAGGCGGCCGACGUGCACGCGGUGCGCGCCGUGCUGGGGGAGAAGGGCAAGGACAUCAAGAUCAUCAGCAAGCUGGAGAACCACGAGGGCGUGCGCAGGUUUGACGAGAUCAUGGAGGCCAGCGAUGGCAUCAUGGUCGCCCGUGGCGACUUGGGAAUUGAGAUCCCCACAGAGAAGGUCUUCCUGGCCCAGAAAAUGAUGAUUGGCCGCUGCAACAGAGCCGGCAAGCCAAUCACCUGCGCCACACAGAUGUUGGAGAGCAUGAUCAAGAAGCCCCGCCCCACGCGUGCCGAGGGCAGCGACGUGGCCAACGCCGUGCUGGACGGGGCCGACUGCAUCAUGCUGAGCGGAGAGACCGCCAAGGGAGACUAUCCCCUGGAGGCCGUGCGCACACAGCACAUGAUCGCCCGCGAGGCCGAGGCGGCCAUGUUCCACCGGCAGGUGUUCGAGAACCUGCGCCGCGUCACCCCGCACUCCACCGACCCGGCCGAGGCAAUCGCCAUUGGCGCCGUGGAGGCCUCCUUUAAGAUCUUGUCCUCUGCAUUCAUUGUGCUCACAGGGUCUGGCAGGUCCGCCCACCUGAUCUCGCGGUACCGCCCCCGCGCUCCCAUCAUCGCCGUGACUCGUAACGGGCAGACGGCCCGCCAGGCCCACCUGUACCGGGGCAUCUUCCCCGUCCUCUACAACAAGGCCGCCCACGACGUGUGGGCCGAGGACGUGGACAUGCGCGUCAACUUCGCCAUGGAUAUGGGCAAGGCCCGAGGCUUCUUCAAGAAGGGAGAGGUGGUCAUCGUUCUGACCGGCUGGCGCCCAGGCUCUGGUUACACCAACACCAUGCGCGUGGUCCUGGUGCCCUAGAUCACCUCCACUGUCCUCCUUCUCUUCCUCCACCCACAGCCUGCCCCCCCCCCCACAGUCCUCCCCCUCCUCCCAGGGCUCACACACUCAUCCCCAUCAGCUGAGACGCCUAGGCAGAAAGGCAGCGCCUGCACCCUCUCUCCUCCCCAUCGACACCGGCGGUAGUGUUGGUGUUGAUUGUGGCUCUUGAUUGGCGGUGAUGGUAGCUGUUGAAUCAUUGACCCAGCUCUGGUGUAGGCCUCUCAAAAAAUGAUGAGGAAAAAACUUCGGUAUUUAAUCACUCCAUCAAAAAACACACACACACCCACACACACCCACACACCUUCAACAUCUAACAUAAAGCCGCCUGGCUCCUCUACAUGUGCAUCUUGGUGGUUCUUGUUUGGUGCGGGGUAAGGACAGGCAGGCCCUUAAAGAGAGUCUGAUUCGCUAUAGCUUGUAGAGAAAGUGUUCACUAAACACACUCCCUCUCCCCUCCCCUUAUUGUCUAUGAAGAGAACAAUCUAGAAGCGACCUUAAACAGAGGGCCGGUGUCCUAGGGCAUGCUGCCUCCCUGGAAGCCCUGUCUCAAAGCCAGCUCCAUGUUAGUGCUGUGUUUAUCUGUAGUCCUGCUCUCCCUGGCACAUGUAUUAACUGUUUCUAUAACUUGCACUCCCUACUGUAGACAAUGUUACAUUCUGUAUUAUAUAUGUACUUGACUUUUUUUGUGAAAGGUGCAGUGAAUUUUGAUUGCGGGGCAUCCAAUACUACUACUAUUUUGUUUAGCCACAGAGAACAUGCUAGUGUUGGAUCUCCCGUGUUAGUUAUUUGACGACAGUUACUUUGUGUUUGUUUGCUUGUUUUGUGAGAGAAAGUGUUGAAAAGCCCACGCCAUUUCUUUAGCAUCGCGGGUCACAUCUCAAUGUUGGCACUUCAGAACCACUGUGUGUGUUGGGGAAUCUACAUGGUUCCGUAAAGUGUAUGACCUCUUUGAAAGCAGCAUUUUCAUGGGAGUUUUGAAGGGAACUGGGAGGGGCUGUUCUAGUUGUGGUUGUACCCAUAGCCCUGCCCCCUCCACCCACUUCUCCCUCCCUCCUCCACCCGCUCUCUUCCUCCUGUCUAUCGGUGGCCAAGCUGUGUGUUUGUGUGUGUGUGUGUGUCUGAUUGCCCCCUGCUUCUCUGAUUGGGUUGGCAGGCAAGGUGUAAGAUAUAAGGUGUGUUCUGGGUAAUAUAGCAAUCUGGUGUACCGAUGACUGAACUUCUACCAAUAAAAGCAUAUGAGCACC